GCGGAGUGCGAAAGACAGCGAUGAUGAGGAGGAGGUGGUCCAUGUGGAUCGGGACCACUUCAUGGAUGAGUUCUUUGAACAGGUGGAAGAGAUCCGGGGCUGCAUCGAGAAGCUGUCAGAGGAUGUGGAGCAAGUGAAAAAACAGCACAGUGCCAUCCUGGCUGCCCCCAACCCAGAUGAGAAGACCAAACAGGAGCUGGAGGACCUCACCGCAGACAUCAAGAAGACGGCCAACAAGGUUCGAUCCAAGUUGAAAGCGAUCGAGCAAAGCAUUGAACAGGAGGAGGGACUGAAUCGUUCCUCCGCAGACCUGCGCAUCCGCAAGACCCAGCACUCCACACUCUCCCGGAAGUUCGUGGAAGUAAUGACUGAAUAUAACGCGACCCAGUCCAAGUACCGGGACCGCUGCAAGGACCGGAUCCAGCGGCAGCUGGAGAUCACCGGAAGGACCACGACCAACGAAGAACUGGAAGACAUGCUGGAGAGUGGGAAGCUGGCCAUCUUCACGGAUGAUAUCAAAAUGGACUCACAGAUGACGAAGCAGGCGCUGAACGAGAUCGAGACGAGGCACAACGAGAUCAUCAAACUGGAAACCAGCAUCCGCGAGCUGCACGACAUGUUUGUGGACAUGGCCAUGCUCGUGGAGAGCCAGGGCGAAAUGAUCGACCGCAUUGAGUACAACGUGGAACACUCCGUGGACUACGUGGAGCGAGCCGUGUCCGACACCAAGAAAGCUGUGAAAUAUCAGAGCAAGGCCCGGAGGAAGAAAAUCAUGAUCAUCAUUUGCUGUGUGGUGCUGGGGGUGGUCUUGGCGUCAUCCAUUGGGGGGACGCUGGGCUUGUAGGCCCCCCACCCCUGUCCCUCCCAGACCCUUCCCCCACCACAUUGGGAGCAAUACCCCCCACCAUCCCUCCACUCCAUCCCCUGCUCCAGGCUCACCCUCAAGACAGACCCAGGCAGCCCCCCCUUCACCUCCCCCAUCAGACCCUGGAGUCCCUGGACCUCCCACGCCAUGGACCACCCUCGCCCCCGCACGUAGAUAGCAGCAGGCGUGAUCACACAUGCACACCAACAUGCAUGCCGCCGGCACAUGCUCGAGACGUGUGGACACCCCAGCGUGUGUGUGUGUGUGUGUGUGUGUGUGUAGAAGCACCAAAUCACCCUUCCUGCCCCACACCUCAAGUCUGUGUGUUGUCUGAGCUUUCCUCCUUCACCUGGGUUGUUGUGUAGACUGUGGCCAGGUGUAACACAGCAGCCCGCCAAGCCCCACUCUGUCUUCUGUGAAUAGUGGUGUGUGUGUGUGUGUAUACGUCUGUGUGUGGGUGUGGCCACAGAUCUGUGGACACAGUUUAUGUAGAUGGAAUUUUUGUGUUUGAGUGUUUAAAUCCACUGCAACAGCCCUUCCUCCCAUGACACCCACCCCCCUACCCCGUGUCUGCUGCCUAGUGGGGCAGGUUGUGAGUGUAUAGAUGCUCACACUCACUCUCCCAGAGGAUCCAGGUGGGCCCAAGUCCUCACAGGCCAUGGAGGACACCUUAGCGCAAUGUAGACCAAACCCUCCUGGCUUAGUCAUCCCUGCGGCCGGCGUGUGUCCUGGGGAGCGCGUGUGUGUGUGUGUGUGUGCGUGUGGAGUUCAGCCACAGUGAGUGGAAGCACACUUGUGUGAAUAACUGGCUUGGCCUGUAUGUCCAUGUGUAUUUCCCAGCAGGUGAUGUGAGAGGCAUGUGUAUGUGUGUGUCUCGAGGACGUGCCUGGCGUGUCAGUAAGCCUUCUCCUGAGUCAGCGCUCGUUGUGCACUGGACACCUGUCUGGGGUGGGCACAGAAAUGUAUGUUUCUGUGCUAUCUCGAGUAUACCUGCACAUAUCUGUGUGUGUGUAGGACUUGUACGUUGUGUGUUUCUGUCCCCUGUAUAGCAUAUGCACAUACUCAUUUACCUGUAAGGACGAGUACCCCAGCCAGGUUUGUUUCUCCAGAUUAUUUGUCCCCUCCGUCUCUCCCCAGAGCUGCUGACCGCUAUCCAGUGUGGCCACACACCGCUAUGUCAACAAUUGUGCCACGGAGCUUCCUGCCCUGUGUGGUCUGAGCCCCUGUGCACACAUGCCCAGAUGCUUAUUUUUCUCUGUCUCUGCCAGAGGGUAGGCCUGCCCCUGUGGAAGCUGGGACACCUUUGAGUGCUCCUACCUGCCACGGUGGCUGAGGCCACACCCAGGCACACACAUGAAGGGCGGAGCAAGGCACAUGCUCACCCCGCAGGUUGUGGGUACAGGCCUGCACAUGGAUGCCUCCUGGGAGGGCUCUUUGCGGGCAAGUUACUGAUAAGGGGAAAUGUCUAAGGCUGCCCCAGGCAGAUUGGAAAUGAGGGCAUUCUUGAGCAGUAACUUCAGAACUGGGAGAGGCCAGUGAUGGUCCCCACCACCCCGUCUGAUACUCUGGGCUUUGCCUCAGGGACCUUGGGUUUGGGGAACUGUUUAUUUCAGACGUGCUGAAGUGGGCUGAGUCCUAGGGCCCAGGCUCCUGCUGAAAUACUGGCAAUAGCUGUUCCCCAGCAGGGUGAGACUGAAGGUGGGACACAGGCCUGGGUUUCUGAUGGUGAGGAAGGGG